ACUGUAUCUGGUUUGUAUAUGAUUUCUGAUAUAAUAGAUCAUUACAAUUUUGUCUCUUAUCGCAUAACACUGCUCGACUUGAACAACCUCUUCAUUAUUCUCAUGCAGGCGCCUUCUCUGUCUGAAUAGAUGAGGUAGAUACCAUGAUUGAUCUACCUGCCCGUGUAAUUUGUUGAAGAAAAGAUUUCAGUGGACAUCAGGACAUGUACAGAACUUUUCCCUCUGCCAGUGACGAGGCGAAGAUUUACAGACAAGAGAGGUUUGCGUUGUUCGUUUCCUGCCCGGGGACCUUAGAAGAAGGGAGUUGAGGAGAGGGAUAGGGUGCGUGGGUCUGGUGUACUCGGCCCCCGGCUGUGAAGGGGGCCCGGCUAGGUCAGUAGAUUUGUUUUUUCCUUCUUCUUUUUCGUUUCUCUUUUAAAGAAGGGUUGAUGUACCAUUCAUUACUUUGGAGAUUUUUUUUCUAUGGAGCGGGGUACUACAACUUCGAACCUUUAAUGUCAUUUUUCGUCAUUUACUAACCACUCAGAUGUAAACAACUCUAUGUUCAGGUAGUGAUAUAGAUCCUAUAGUGCACUUGUCCUGAUGUUUGAAGUCUAUAUUACGUUACUAAAUGAAAUCUAGAUAUUUAUAAUCGAAUUAUAAGCAUAUUACAUACAAGAAAAUAAUUUACGAUUUCAAGUCUACUCCAGUGGCGUGUUGCAUAGCAAGUAGCGAAUCGAGCAAAGCUAGCCUAGCGAAUCUAGCGGUUAGCGAAAGCUAGCGGUCCCUGUGCAACGAGCAGCCGGAAGAGAGUUUCAAGAUGGCAGACAUGAGGCGAGAUUUGAGUGCUUUCCGUGUUUCGGAAGCUUGGCCCCGACGUGCUGAGCGAUGUUGCAAAGUCUUAGCCAAACUGGCGCAAAUAAAUAUUGAGCUUGCGCCCUCCACAAAUGAGAAAAGGGAAAACUCCAACGCCCAUGUGGUCGAUUUCGUGGAAGUCACCAUCCCACGAUACUCGACGUAUGAGUUCAAGUCCCAUUUUCGAAUGUUGCCGGAGGCCUUUGAUGUUCUCCAGGCUUGGAUCGAACCUCAUUUACCGCAAGAACGAGGUUUCAGUAACAGAACAAAACUUCUUGCCACCUUGUGGUUGCUGGCAAACAAGGAUCGAGACAUUUCGCAGACAAAUCGCAGUGAGGCCGAUCGGUUUGCCAUGAACAAGGGCUCACUGCACAGAUGUGUUAUGCUGAUCUGCAGGACACUCGUGGCUAAUCAAGGCGAGGUCAUCCAAUGA